UCCUCUGAGGAGCCUUCACUGUUGCACACCUACUUGAGCAUCGUAGUCAAGUUGGUCUCCCUUGUUUGCGUUUGGUGGAGUUUAAACUGAACUACAGGGAAGGAAAGAUCAUCAGUCUCUGUGAGAAAUAGACUUAUACAUACGGAUAAAACUCUCUUUUCACAACUAACAUUUUGGAUUCACGCUGGUGCAUUGGGCACGCGUCACCAUGGACAGCGCUUUUGACAACCUGGAUGCUACAGGCUUCCUACACAUAUGGCAACAUUUCGAUGUUGACAAUAAUGGUUAUAUUGAAGGAAAGGAGUUGGACAACUUUUUCAGACACAUGAUGAAAAAACUUGGGAUGAGUGAUGAAAUAACAGAUGACAAAGUUGGAAGAAUGAAAGAAAGGUUCAUGUCAGCUUAUGACACCACAGCUGAUGGUCGCCUGCAAAUCCAAGAGUUGGCCACCAUGAUGCUACCGGAGGAGGAGAACUUCCUACUACUGUUCCACAGAGAGACGCCAUUGGACAACAGUGUGGAGUUCAUGAGGAUCUGGAGAAACUAUGACACUGACAGCAGUGGAUACAUAUCAGCUAUAGAACUCAAGGGUUUCCUGCAGGACCUGUUCCUCCAGCACAAAAAGACCAUAUCCCCCAACAAACUGGAGGAGUACACCAACACCAUGAUGGAGAUGUUUGACAAAAACAACGAUGGCAGGCUGGAUUUGAAUGACCUAGCCAGAAUCUUAGCUCUAAAAGAGAACUUCUUGCUGAAGUUUGACAUGAAUGCUUGCAGUCAAGAGGACCGGAAGAGGGACUUUGAGAAGAUAUUUGCUCACUAUGAUGUGAGUAAGACGGGUGCUUUGGAGGGUCCGGAGGUGGACGGCUUUGUCAAAGACAUGAUGGAACUGGUCAAACCUAUCAUUAGUGGAACAGACCUGGACAAGUUCCGCAAGCUGCUCCUGGGUCACUGUGACAUGAAUGGUGAUGGAAAGAUCCAGAAGAAUGAACUGGCACUGUGCCUCGGCCUGAAAUACUCCAGUUAAUAGUCCUCCACGGGAAGAAUGACAGACAUUUUCAUUGCCCUAGUUAGCACCACAGGCUAACCGCUAACUCACUGAUAGCAUGUCGCAAUGCCAUAGCUAAUACCUUUUGGACAACCCAAGAGCAUUGCAUGAUGGCUGGUUGAAAGGAAGUUGUUGCAUAGAGUAGACCCAUUGGGGAAUUGGUUUUGUGAUCCUUCAUUUUGUUUGACUGUAUCUGUUUUGAUGACAAUUAUGAUUAGCUUUGAGAGUGUUGUGUGUGUGUGAUCCAUGCACGUUGCA